CCGACGCCGGUGGAAUAUCCUCACAAUUCUAUCCAGAUGCUAGUCACUUGUUAUCUGAAUAUAGUUUCUAUCAUCAUUUCGCCCGUGAGCACGUGGUUCAGGAUUAGAUCAUCCGGACCAUGACCUUAGCUCAAUUUGAGUAUCUCACUUUCCGUUACCCUCUCGGGUGUCUCUAGAUAGCUUCUUCAACGAUCAUUUAGUUUAGGGGUUAUAGUCGACUUAUUAUUCUAUCAGGUAAGACUCAACCCACUCGGCCAUCUAGGAUAUAAACAUCGACGACCUUCCAGGUCGAUAGGGACAUGAACCAAGUUAUUCACUCAACAGCAACUUCCUUGCAAACUACACAGACCGAUCAAAUCUCGAAGGCAAUAUAUAUUUGACAUAAAGCUCAAAUUUCAAAAUUCGUAUCAGGACAUAUCUCGCUACUUGACGAUUUAAAGGACGUUCAGAAUCUCAAUCAAGAUAUCUACCAUGUCUUCAUCACGAUCUGGUCACAGAAGCUCCCGUAGCAGUAAGGGAAGACAAUCCUCGGUCCAGCAACUCAUUGAGUCUCUGCGCACUCACCGAGUCAAUACACUCACUGAACUCUGCCGAAUUGAACGAGUUGCUGCUAGCUGUGAUAACGAGGAAGACGCUCAAGCAUUUCAAGCCCCGAUGACUUCCGCCUGGGAUUACUAUGUGAAUAGCAAUCAGUUCCUAACGGAAUUGAGGGGUCUGACCAGGAACUAUCCCAUCUCCGGAGAGCUUGUCGACCAAGCACACCAACUGGUCCGCAACGACCCGAACUCCAACCGGAGCUGGAAUUUGGCCUGGUUGUGCCUGGUGAAGAUCCGCGAUGAAGGUCUAGUCCCUACUUAUGCGCAAGCGGACGCAUGGCGCAAGGAGAUGUGGGGUGGUCGCGACCCCACACCGGAAGAGGCAGACCAGCUUGCUCAGUGUUUCGAGUAUGAAUGGACUCAAGCUGUCGAGAACAUGCUGCGACACUGGCCCGUGACACCGACAUGGUACUAAAGUCGACGAUGUUUCUUUCGAAUCAUUCCAUAAAUGCGGGUCAUUCGACUUCAACAUCAUGUACACUCCUAGCCAACAAGGAGCUGGAAGCAUUUUCUCGGGAUUAUCUCUGGUAUAGAGUCCUUAUGCAUUAUUUGGGCGUUCAUUUAGAAGGGGUUUCAGCAUUUACAGGCGCUUUGUUUAUUUCCUUAUAUUCUUGUUUUCUUGCAUAGCAUAGCAUGGUAUGGCAUGGAAUAGCAUGGUCUGGGUGUCUCUCGUUUUAAGCAUUAGCAUUGGCGGCGUUUUGAUUUAUUUUUCCUCUUGUAUGGCAACUGACCACUUCCUUUCGUUUCGCUCUGUAUAUACAGUCAGAUGCCUCCCUUUCGUUCCAUAUGAAUAUAUUCAUCAUCCC